AUGAAGUCGCAGACGUCGUCAUUGCCUGAUCUCUGUCUGCUCAUCAAGCAGCGAGACGUAACUCGGCUUCGCGAGGCAUUGGAAGCCCACCCAGUACUUAUCCAACAGCAGCGAUGGUCCGGCGUCACGGGUCUUCAUCGAGCAGUAUCCGAGGAUGACGUAGCAAUCGCUCAACUCUUGCUGAGGUUCGGCACUAAUGUCAACCAACGAAGCACUUGGGGCUGGUACUCGCCGCUGCACUUGGCCUGCAAAGCUGGUUCAGAGGAGAUGAUCUGGCUGCUUCUCAACAACGGGGCCAACUGGAACCUGCCUGACAAGGCCAAGAAGACGCCACUUCAAUGGGCCGUCCGGGCUGGCAAAGCCUCCGUCGCGUAUCGCAUCGACCAGCAGCUACACGCCAAGGCCAAGCUGGCUCUGCAACAAGCACGCGAGCAACAACAAACCAACAAGUCCCCAUUGACAUUCGCAAAACUUUGCGGAUAA